AUGGGUCGAACAACCGACAGUUGGCUAUCUCCUAGUACCAUCGACAAUGUGCAGCCAUCUCCGGAGCACAGAGAACUACCCUUGAUUCGUAUCGUGUCCGUCCUUUUCUGUGGAAUCACGCAGGCACAUUACACCUACCACAACUUGUCCAAUGCAUCAAAAUUAUGGACCAAACAAUUAUUCGAACUGCUAAACUUUUUGUCGGAAAAUUUUGUUUUCGCUUACAUCGGUGUCUCCACAUUCACCUUUGAGCAACAUUACUGGAACGCUGGAUUUGUGUUCAUCGCUAUUUUGGCAUGCAUUGUCGCUAGAGCCGUCAGUGUGUAUCCGCUGAGUGCAUUGAUCAAUUUAUGUCGUGGACACAGGUCGUUGUGUGAUGAAAAUCGCCGUUAUCCAUCACCUUCCUCUUCAAGCCAUGAGUCCUGUAACGCCCCGAAUGACAUUUUGGAUGCAACCUUCGUGUCAGAAUAUGCGAGCGCUGGCCGUCGGACGGCGGCGCAAGGCAAGCGAGCUACUGGCCAUGUUUCCACGACCAAAAUCUCCAUGAACAUGCAACACAUGCUGUUCUUCUCGGGACUUCGUGGUGCGAUGGCUUUUUCGCUUGCUAUAAGGAACACCAGUUCUGCCAAGCGGAAAAUGUUCUUCUCCACCACAAUCGUGGUUGUCAUGUCCACAGUAUUGCUUUGCGGCUGUCUGGCCAUGAGCAUGUUAAAUUGGCUCCGGAUUAGGACUUGUAUCGAUGGUGAUCAGGGAUCGGAUAAACAGACAUCGGAUACUCCUCCUUCUGCGCACAGUUGCUUCAACCGUUGUUGGUCUCGUUUCGACAAAUUUUAUUUGACUCCGCUUUUGACCAAUCGCGGCCCACUCCUGACGGACUCAGUGCCUCGGUGCUGCUCUUGGCUCGCCAAACUAGUCACAACUACUGAACAGUUAAAUCAAACUUUCGAUAGCCUCAGUGUACGCUCUCAGUUGUGUGAGUUUGUCAACGAUGGCGACCAACCUGGUGGUGGUUCUGCUGUGUUGUUUCUACAAGACAAAGAAGUCUUGAACCAUGUCUCAUCUUCAAAGCAGCUGGAUGUCAUUGCUUUGGACUCAGAUUCCCGCCAAACCUUUACAUGAUGACAACUGCGGUUGUCGGAAACCCACUGAUUACUCCUGCAAACUAUCCCGAUAAGAGCUCUUCUCCGCAUCUUCUCAGUUUUUCUGAUCAAAACGUUUCUUUUCUUCACCAGCGACUACUAUGAACACUCGUCGCCACUUUGCGCCCUCCGUUACCGUCGUACCUAGUGCGCUGACAACCACGGAUCGUUACCUUUCACCUCUCAUGACAGGCUAUCCCCCCGGAACUACUCUUGAUACCCGGUACACAUAUAUGGUAUCGUUAUUGUCGAUAAUCUCACAAUUUCCCCCCCUCCAUUCACCCUCUUGGUCAUUCCACGAGCUUCGUUUGCCUAACAACAACAGACUCGCUGUUUUCAAAUACUCUCGAAAUAUUUUCGUGGGUUCAUGAUGCGCCCGCCGUUGUUGUGAUGCUGC